AUGUACUACACCGACUUUGACGGCUCUGUCUUCCCAGGGUGCUACUGGGGCAGCUACGGCUACCCCCUGGGGUACAGUGUUGGCUGUGGCUAUGGCAGCACCUACUCCCCAGUGGGCUAUGGCCUUGGCUAUGGCUACAAUGGCUGUGGGCCUUACAGAAGAUACUGGCCAUUUGCCCUUUACUGA